AUGCUUAUACUGAAGUUUGUCGUCCCAACCAUCAUGAAGUCUGAUGUGUUCAACUUUUUGGUAUUAGGCGCUGGGGCGGCAGGUUGUGCGGUGGCUUCUAGGCUAGCCGCCAAACACCCGGAUGCUUCGAUUGCGUUGCUGGAAAUCGGCAGUAGGCGCUAUACCCCAUCGGUUAUGCGAAUCCCUUUCCUUCAACCCUUUAUCACGCAAUGGCCAGGCUCAUGGCGCUUUCUUCAUCGCUACGCUGGGGUCCCUGAGGAUAACCUGGGUGGGCGGUCUCUGACCUAUGUUAGGGGCCGCGGCUUAGGGGGCUCCACCCUCUGCAAUGAUAUGACCUAUCGGAGGGGCAGUGCGGAGGACUUCGCGGCCUGGGGCGACGAUGCGUGGACGUUCGCGAAGAUGCUUCCAUUCUUCACAUCUCUGGAGUGCAAUAGCCGAUCAACAUCCCCUGUGCAUGGUGAUGCCGGCCCCAUAGUAGUCUCCGAUCUAUCGCUAAGUAAUUUAGAUUCGCAGUUAAAUAUACGUUUUUUUGAGGCCUGUGAAGCCGCAGGCCUUCGUCCGAACGAGGACCUCAACGGCGGCCUCGUGGACGGCUUCUCCGCCUAUCAGUCCCUCAUUGACCGCGGCGUCCGAGUCGAUCUCUUCGAUGCUUGCAUUGAAAAGUGUAAACAUCUCACCCCUCAUCUUUCUUUGUGGAGUAAUACGAAUGUCGAACGAAUCACAUUUGAUGAUACCAAUCGUACCCAGGUGACCGGCGUUGAGGUUCGACGGGGUGGCGUCAGGCGGUGGAUUAAAUCACCGCGCAUUAUCGUCUGUUUGGGUGCCAUUGGCUCACCCGCGCUGCUUUUACGAAGUGGCAUCGGCCCUCAGGGCUCUGUUGUGGAUCUUCCGGAGGUAGGCCAGAACCUCAUUCAGGGCUGCACCGCUGAUUUGAUUUUCCUCAUCCAAGGUGGGGAAAAGAGGAUACGAAGUAAAUCGUUUAACUGGACCAAUCUGCCCUACAUAUGGGGCCAGUGGAAGGAGUACAACGAGGAUCGCGCGGGGAUCUUAUCUUCAUUCGCGGAAGCGGUAGCGUACGUGCGAUCCCAGCCCACCCAAAACCCUGCCGACCUCUCCAUCGCGUUCUUUCGCACCCCACAACUAGGCUGGCGAAACGGCGUGCGCCUUCGCCCACACGAGGGCUUCACCCUUCGGAUUACCCACCACUACCCACAAAGCAGGGGCGAAGUGCGGCUUCAUCCCAGAACUGGGAAAAUCCAAGUACGCAGUGGGAUGCUGAGCGAAAAAGAUGACGUCCUUUGUAUGGAUAUGGGCAUUCAGUGGGCUGGGUUGCUCGUGGCGAAGAACUCCAACCUCCGCUCGGUUUAUUACACCGAUAAUCAAGACCAACACGUCGGCCCCUUCGCGGCCUUGGAUGUGCGGCUGGUCCACCCUUCACGAGGGAUGAAUACGCAAAAAGAAACCGCCGCAUUUCUCGGGAAAUUCUCCACAGGCAGUGAAGACCUUUUUGGGACGUGCGCACUUCAACAUGUAGUGGAUUCCCAAAUGAAAGUACAAGGGAUUGAGGGGUUAUGGGUGGCCGACGCCAGUGUGGUGCCCUUGCCGACAACGGCUAGUAGUUCAGUUCUUGGUGCGGCCAUUGGGGCCCGUGUAGCAACACUCAUCGCUUGA